UAUCAAGCCAUUAGUUUAAUAUCGGUUUUUCAAGGGGGGAGUGCUGUAUAUAAAUCAGGCAGAAAAUAGCUAGGAGUCGCAUCGUCAUAAGAAAUCACAAAAAGGUUUUGAGGAGUACCGAUCAGCUUCAAAUAGUGAUGGCCAACUCUAUAGCAUCUCGCUGGAGGGAUCUCAGUGGAGAGAGUGAUUGGAAGGAUCUGUUGCAUCCUCUCGAUCUUGAUCUCCGCCGCUAUAUUAUUCACUAUGGUGAAAGGUGUGGAGCCGUUGGAGAUCUGUUUAAUGAUACAAAGGCAUCGAGGGGGUUUGGCCAUAGCCUAUAUCCAGCAGAUGAGUUUUUCUCCAGGGCUGGUCUCGAAAUUGGAAAUCCAUUCAAGUACAGCGUGACCAAUUUCUUUUAUGCCGCCUCAGAUAUUGUACAGUCCGCUUGGUUUGGAUAUGUGGCAGUGACCACAGAUGAUGGAAAGGCUGUUCUAGGAAGGAGGGAUAUUUUGGUUGCUUGGAGAGGAACCAUGACAGACUCGGAGUCGAUUAACGAUGUACAGUUUUUUCCAACUUCAGCUUCAGAGCUAUUUGGAGAGGACAAUGAUCCUCAGGUGCACUCUGGCUUUCUCUCUCUUUAUACUGGGAGAAGCUCCAAUUCUCCUUACAGCAAGACCAGUGCCAGAGACCAGGUUCGGGAAGCGGUUAGGAAACUGGUGGACAAGUAUCAAGACGAGGAUAUUAGCAUAACUGUAACAGGCUACAGCUUGGGCGCUGCACUUGCAACGCUAAGCGCGAUGGACAUAGUUGCUAGUGGAUAUAACAAGCCUACUGGCAAUUCAGAAAAGUCGUGCAUGGUCACAACCUUUACGUAUGCUGGUCCACGAGUGGGGAAUGAAGGUUUUAAGAAAGUAUUUGAGGGACUGAGUGAUCUUCAUCUCCUACGCAUCACAAACUCCACAGAUAUCGUUCCAAAGAUUCCAAUUUUAUUUGGCAUCUACACCCACGUGGGAGAGGAGUUGGAAAUUGACACCACCAAGUCAGACUACUUAAAGAGCAACGCCGAUGCUCAUAAUUUGGACGUUUACUUGCAUGGAGUUGCAGGGGUCCAGGAAACCAAUGGAGAUUUUACGCUGGAAGUUGAUCAUGAUAUUGCACUGAUAAACAAACAUUUAGAUGGCCUGAAAGACGAUUACAAAAUCCCACCUGAAUGGUGGAACAACGAGAAUUUCAAAAAUAUGGUUCAAAUGGACGAUGGUCACUGGAAGCUAGUGGACAAUGCUUAUGUGCCGGAUCCUCCAAGUGCUUGAUUACAAGUCGGGUCAUGCAUUUUAUAAUAAAAAUAAAGAGAUUAUAUCUCUAUGAUACGAAUAACCGGUCCUCAAAAACCAAGUGGAGACCAACACAAAGUGGGGGAUUUGUCAUUUAAUAGUUUUCUAUUGGUCAAGAAAACAUAGGUUGGCUCGUCGCUACUUGGUGUGUUUUUUUCCUUUUUUCUGUUGUACCUGCCAUGUGCUCUUUGUCUUUGUGUCGGUUGCUUCCAAAAAUUUGUUUUGCAGCACCAACCGUGGUUUGUACUUUGUUUGCUGUAAAACAGUAAAAUUCUUGUUUCGGAAAAGCUUGAAUCAAAUCUAUUGGA